AUGCUCAUUGUAGAGGGGAUGCUGCUCUUGUACCUGGAGCUGGCUGUGGGGCAGCGCAUGCGGCAAGGCAGCAUCGGUGCCUGGAGGUGCCCCUACCUCAGUGGUGUCGGUGUUGCUAGUGUGGUGGUCUCCUCCUUCCUCUCAAUGUACUACAACGUCAUCAAUGCCUGGGGCUUCUGGUAUCUCUUCCAUUCCUUCCAGGAUCCCCUGCUGUGGUCUGUCUGCCCACUGAAUGGUAACCGCACAGGCUACGAUGAGGAGUAUGAAAAGGCUUCGUCAAUGCAGUACUUCUGGUGCAGGAAAACACUCAACAUCUCACCAUCCAUCCAGGAGAAUGGAGGAGUGCAGUGGGAGCCAGCACUGUGCCUCAUCCUGGCCUGGCUGAUGGUGUAUCUGUGCAUCCUGAGGGGCACUGAGUCAACCAGCAAAUUUGAAAGUGACCUUCAGGCCAUGACUUGCCGCUCCCUCAACUGGUACUGGAAGGCCAUGUGGGCGUUUGUGAGUCCAAUACUCAUCAUCAGCCUCUAUGUCUUCUACCUGAGUGACUAUAUCCUCUCAGGGACACUGCAGUACCAAGCCUGGGAUGGCACUCAGGGGCAGCUGGUGACCAAGGAUUACCCCCCACAUGCACCAGCUGUCAUCGGUUUGCUGGUGGCUUCAUCUACCAUGUGCAUCACCCUGCUGGCCCUGGGGAUUUUCAUCUGGAAUUGCCUCAAGAGGGGAGGUUCAUCCCCAGUGGUCUAAGAAUGGACC